CGGACAGGCAUCAGGUGAUGGAGUUUAUGCACACACAGGAGGCACCGGAUGUUAUACCCAGGGUUGCCGUCACGCCAACCAAUAGUCACGUAACUGAUAGCUACACGAGUCGCUGGAAUACCACAGCCAUGACCACCGAUCCCAAUGAUACUACCGGUGCGGUCAGCACUGACAUCAACGAAUCGCCAAACGACGGCCUAAACAUCGGGUACGGUAUGGGACUGCGGCGGCCCUCCCUAUUCGCCAUACCUAACCAAAAGCACCGGCAGUCGACCGCCAGCGCAAACUUAGGGGACUUUCAACGCAAACCUUUGGACACGGCUUUCUGGUCCAUACCGGACAACCCGCUCACCACCAGCGCCUACAUCGCCAACGGGUUGGCCGAAAUGGCG